AUGGAUGUUAUUCGAAAUAAAAUAAACGAAUUUUACAUUGUGAGGAAACAAGUACCAACAUUAAGAUCUUUGUUGGUAGAGUUAAAAGAAAGUAUAGAAUUUGGUGGAUGUCGUGAAACUCUCCGUCGCAUAUUAUUAGCCAACGGUUAUGUAUUUAAGAAAAACAAAAAUGAACGUUCAUUAUUAAUUGAACGGUAUGAUAUAGCUGCAUGGAGACAUCACUUUUUGCGCACCAUUGCAUCGAAGCGUGCAGAAGGCAAGCCAAUAAUCUACUUAGAUGAAACUUAUGUCCACAAAACCUAUAAGCCUAAAAAAUGUUGGCAAGGUCCAUCAACAAGUGGAAUAGUUGAAAAUAUAUCAUCAGGAAAACGAUAUAUUAUUGUGCAUGCAGGAUCAGAGAAAGGCCCUGUUCCAAACUCAUUGUUAGUAUUUAGCACCAAAUCGAAAAUGGCCGACUACCACCAUGACAUGAAUUCCACAAACUUCAACAAAUGGCUUCAAGAAAAGCUUAUGCCCAAUUUGAAUGAACCAUAUGUAAUUGUAAUGGACAAUGCAUCAUACCAUUCUGUCAUAAUAAAUAAAGCGCCCACAUCUCAAAAUCGAAAGUUAGAGAUACAGAAUUGGCUUACAUUGAAUGGUAUUUCAUUUGAAACAUACAAUUCAAAAGCAGAGUUGCUCUGCUUAGUAAAACAGAACACACCAGAACCUAUUUAUGAAGCUGAUGAACUUUUAAGCCUAAACGGACAUGAAGUGCUAAGACUUCCUCCAUAUCAUUGUGACCUAAAUGCUAUAGAACUCAUAUGGAGUCUAGCAAAAAGAAAUGUGGGAAGCAAAAAUGUAAGCCGAACUCCAAAAGAGUUCGAGGAUCUCAUAAAACAAUCUUUUGAGUGUAUUACAGCAGAUGAUUGGAAAAAAAUGACAGACCAUGUCAUUCAUGUGGAAGACAAGUACAAAAGAAGAGACAAUAUAACUGAAAAUAAUUUAGAAAGCUUCAUCAUCAAUUUAAGAGACAGCAGCGACUCCAGUGAUUCUGACGAUUCACUUCAUGUUGAAUUUUUACAUUCAGAUUUUGAUUAUAGUGAUUAA